AGUUCUCAUGCAUCACUCCUCGUUUUUCUCUUCCUCCCAUCGUACUCCAGACCCAAUUCAUCGCAGAAGGACAGAGAUGAAAGGUUCUCAAACACGAGACGAUCCUUUCCUUUUAAACUAUCAGACUUCGGAUCUGCAAAUCGCGGCCGAGUUCCUUACCCACUGGCUUCCUUUCCUCAGCAGAGAUCUUUGUCACGGUUGUACUCAAAUUCUUGCCGAUCGUAUUCGGUCUCUUGAUCCUGAUUCCCGUGCAAUUGCAGAAUCUCCCGCUGACGCCGAGUACUCAAACUCGGCGGAGAGCCUUGCUGAUUCGAGCCCAACUCACCCGGAUUCGUGCGAAGCAUCCCACGGUAAUCAUGAGAAUUGCGAUACGUAUUCGAUCGGAAGCUGGAAAGAUGAAGCAAAUUGGUCGUCAGAGCAUGUUGUGGAUGCAUCUGCGAGCGAGACGCCUUGCGAGCCUGACACUGUGGGUACUCCGAGCGUACGUAUGUCUUGGGCGGACAUGGCACAAGAAGAUGAACUUGAAGAGGAAGCCGAGGAAAUGAAUAAGCCGUCUGAGGUGGAUGAGCGUGCUUCUCCAGCUGAAGAGGUGGGGGUAGAACGGAAGGUGCCGCAAAAACAGACGUUGUCUAGAGAGCAGAGAGAGUACAUCAGAUUCAUGAACGUCAAGAGGAAGAAGGAUUUUAUCUGUUUAGAAAGAGUCAAAGGAAAGAUUGUUAACAUUCUUGAUGGGCUUGAGCUUCAUACAGGUGUUUUUAGCACCGCAGAACAGAAGAGAAUAGUUGACUUUAUCUAUGAUCUUCAGGAAAAGGGAAGGAAAGGAGAGUUAAAAGUGCGUACAUAUUCUGCACCACAGAAGUGGAUGAGGGGCAAGGGACGUGUGACCAUCCAGUUCGGUUGCUGCUACAAUUAUGCAACAGACAAAAAUGGGAACCCACCUGGUAUCCUCCGUGAUGAGGAAGUUGAUCCCAUACCUCACUUGUUUAAGGUCAUUAUAAAAAGACUGGUUGGAUGGCACAUUAUUCCUCCAUCUUGUGUUCCUGAUAGUUGUAUUGUCAACAUAUAUGAAGAAGGGGAUUGCAUUCCACCUCACAUUGAUAGCCAUGAUUUUGUUCGACCCUUUUGCACCAUAUCAUUUCUCAGUGAGUGCGAUAUAAUGUUUGGAUCGAACCUAAAGGUUGUGGGUGCUGGUGAAUUUACUGGGUCAUUUGCAUUUCCGCUGCCUGUCGGGUCUGUACUUGUCUUGAAUGGGAAUGGAGCAGAUGUUGCUAAGCAUUGUGUUCCAGCUGUUCCUACUAAAAGGAUAUCUAUAACAUUCAGGAAAAUGGAUGAAUCAAAACUUCCACUUGGGUUUGCCCAUGAACCAGAUUUGCAGGGGCUUCAGCCUCUACCUUAUGACCUGGAAGACUCAAAAAGGUUGAAUACUUUGAGGGUGCGGCCGCAAAUGAACCGACAUGCAGUUAAAAGAGAGGUUCUUUUAGAGAAGGAUAGAGGUUUACUUGGACCAGAGCCACGCCAUUUUAUUCGCAAUCGUUCAGGACCUCCUAAUAAGCGAAAGGGUUAGGGUGACUUUGGGCACUUAAAAGUGCUCUUGGAAGGUUCCUGGGAAAAAUCCAUUUUUUCUUAUUCAUUUUUUUCUGUUUCUUGGGUAAGCUUUGAUAAACCAUAUGCUGCUUACUUGAAUCUGUUGUUAGUGUUGAGGGGGGUUGUCAUGAAUGUUUACGAUUGAGAACGGGAGAGAGAUGUUUGUCUGUAGCGUGCCUAGCUUGUAACUUAUAGGCAUGUUGUCUUCUGAGUUUAUUCUGUAUGAAUUGAGUUGUAUAGUCCUAAAGUAACUGAUUUUAGAACCAAAAGAAAAAUAAUAUCUAUGAUUUGCUGUUUCUGAAA